GUCUGGUCACACAUUAUGAAACAGAGCACAAGGCAGCUUUAUAUUCCACUCUGCCUGAUUCCUUGGAGAGCUGCAGUUGCUUUUUGGUUCUUGUCUGUAGUAUCAGAUCCAUCAAAGACCAGGAUGGGUGACAACACCUUCCAAGGCAGAAUGCGGGCCAACUUAGAGAAGGCCAAGACAAUGACUGAAGAGGAGAAGGUGUACAGAUUUAAUGGGGUCUUGUACCCCACACUCAUGUGUCCUGAGGAGCAUUUAAAGUGUCUAGAUAACAUCAAGGCUAGAGAAGACGACAUCAUGCUGAUAGCCUAUCCCAAAUGUGGUUUUAACUGGAUGGUUGGUGUGCUGAGGAAGAUCAUUGCAGAGGGCACAGGGAGUAAAAGUGAAUCCAAGGUGCCCCCACUGAUCGAGUUUUUGGGACCAGAAAUGUUAAAGAUGGUGGAAGAGGCCCCCUCUCCAAGGCUUAUGGGGACUCACAUUCAUCCCGACUACAUACCUGCCACUUUCAAAGAAAAGAACCCAAAGACACUGGUGGUCUUCAGGAACCCAAAAGACACUUUGGUUUCAUAUUAUCAUUUCAGUAAUAAUAACCCCGUCCUGCCAGCGAUGAAGUGGGAUUCAUUCUUUAAUGAUUUUAUGAGUGGAAAUGUUGCCUGGGGUUCAUACUUUGAUCAUGCCCUCGCCUGGGAAAAGAGAAUGGACGACCCACAUGUCAUGGUUGUUACCUAUGAAGAACUGAAACAGGACCUGAGCGCUGGUGUUCGUCAGAUCUCCACCUUCUUCGGCUUCAGCCUGACGGACGCUCAGAUCCAGCAGAUCACAGAAGCGAGCUCCUUCAGUGCCAUGAAAGCGAGCUCAGAUAAAUCCCACAGCAACAUGGGAAACGUAUUCUUCAGGAAAGGUGAAGUUGGAGACUGGAAGAACCAUUUUACUCCUGAACAGAGCAAAGAGAUGGAUGAAGCUUUCAGCAAACACCUGGCAGGAACGAAGCUGGGAGCCAAACUGAACUACAAACAUUACUGUCAGUAAGAACGAGACAGGAGGAAGAGGAAGUAAAGAAAUGAAGAUUAGAAAGCUAGUCAGAGGGAUGUCCUGGUGUUUGGAGCUUCAUCAAUUAAACUUUUUUCAGCAUAAACCAGCAGAGUCAAAACUCAAAAAAUAAAUAA